ACUUUUACUUCCGGGUGUAGCACUAAUUUCCAUCCCGUGUUUGUAUGGUGAAACAAGAUUAAUUUUUCCUUCGGUUAGGAGUCCCACGAACAAAAGAUGACCACGGGACAUCUAGGAACGUUGGUGAAAAUGAUCAAAGAUGUGAUUCCUGUCGUUACGAGCGGGAUGUUCCUGGUCACCCUCACGUCGUGUGCAGUGUUUGGUCUCCACUCCUACUUGGACUUCUCUGAAGCGAGUCUCAGCGUUGGGGCGAAUGUUUUUGUUAAAGGACAUGUGCACGCACUCUUCACGUACUCUUUCUACCACAGAACCCUCUCUCAGCUGCUCUUAAGCAUCUGCACCAUGCUGUUCCUCAGUGGUAGCUUGGAGAAAGGAUUUGGCACUGUUCGCUUCCUGAUUGUGUGCAUUGUGUUGUCCACCAUCACAGGUUUAUUAUAUGCCUUCGUGGAUCUCCUGCAGGAGACAAACGGGCCCACAGAGGGGUUGGUACCUUUAGCUCUUGCUUGUGUGACCCUCACCACCACGCACACAAAAAUGACCAAAGGAUUUCUCUGUGGGGUCAGUUUCCCUACCAUGGCACUCCCAUGGGCGUUUGUCCUCAUCACUACCAUCUUCGUUCCUCAUACCGUGCUCCCCUGCAGCAUAAUCUCCAUUUUGGUCGGAUGGACGCACGGGAGAGGCUGGUUCUCCUUAGUGGACGUCUCAGAAGCAAGGGCAGGACUAGUGGAGAAGACCCUUCCAUUCCGCCUGCUGAGGAGUAUCGGCAUGGUGUUGUUUGUCCCUGCUUCCACAGAGAACAGGAGAAAAACACUCCUCCCUCAAAUAAACCCAACACCUGGGUCCUACCCAGUGCAAGCAUAUGCGCCAGCACCAAGCGCCAACAUGGUGGUUAGUGGUUCAGCUAAGAUGUAUGAAGGACCAGGCGUUGGUGGGACAAGUCAUGGACACAACUGCACACACAGCCAUCAUGCUCACAAUCAUGGACAUCUAUAGUUCUUUUUUUUUUUUUUUUUAUUUACGGUGCAAUUGAUACGUACUGUCUGUAUUAAAAUUAAGUUUGAAUACAAGAGCAAUAAUGCUUUUAUUUUAUUUUUUUUUAUUUUUCCUCCAAGGAGGUAAAAUAAAUCACUUCACAAUGUAUCAUUCGGAUUGUUACUCGGAUCUGCUAUACUCAAGCAAGGUCCGAUUUGUCAACAUUGGAGAAUGUUCUGUAUACGGCAGGGGUCAGCAACCCAAAAUGCUGAAAAGACCAUAUUUGACCAUAAAAAAACAUGAUAAAAGAAAUGAAAAGCCUUAUAAUGAAGUGUAAGUGUGAAGCUGUAUGUAACUAUAUUAGCCUACUUUCAAAAUGACUAAGUAGGCUACGAAUACAUAAUGAGCAUUCAUAAUUAAAUGUUUAUUUUCCCUGGAGUGCAUCCAAUGCACUUAGAUUUCUUAAAAUAAGACAAAUAGCUUGCUGAA